CCGGCGAUCAGGCUAUUCAUUCACCUACAUACUUAUGUAGUGUUCAUACAGUACUUCAUUGCCUUGUCCUUACAACCUCGUCUUGGCUGCUCGGCGUGUUGGCAAAGAGGCACAUGCAAGUGCAAGAAAAACGACGUGUUGUGCUGGCAUGGUCGAUCGUGGUACCCCCAUCCACCCAUUGAACAAAAGCAAGCGAUCAGAACCAACUCUUGUGGUCUCAGAGUCAAUCUGUUUCUGUUAUUGCCUGCUGUCGAUAGCUCCCUCUCCUUGCUUCCACCAACCAUUCUUUCCUUCCUGUCUAACCUGAGCCAAACCGUUUUUUUCUUUUCUUUUACAUUCCUUUCCUUGCUUCUUCCCUUGCAAAGAAAACUGCCCCUCAUUUGGUGUGCCGAGCUUCGUCUGACAGCCUGGUCAAGGCACUUAAGCUACUACAAGACCUUUGAAAACCCUUAGCAAACUCUUGGCUCUCUGCCCCCUUUUCCGACCUACCCCAAGACGACUGGGAGGCGUCAUCAAUUUACUCUUUCCACCCUAUCAUAAGCGCCGAAGCAGCAGUCAAUCAACCUACCCGCCCGCCCGCCUGUUCCUGGAAAACUACCCAGCACUCCAAUUUUGCGUCCUGUAUUGUGCAAAAGCGACGCACACUACACCACCACCAUCACCCUUCUCCAAAACCAAGACAACCUCCUGUGCCGCCAAGCAAUUCAAUUCCCGUGGACGCCUGCGCCAAAACUGAGACGGUGUGGGAGUACGCAUGUAACCCCCACCCAGUAAUUAUAGAAACCACCAUAAAUUCGAUCAAACCGCAAGCUGGCGUGUCUUGCCCUGUCGGCCUUGACUUUUUUGCUGCUCGCCCGUUUAUGAGUAAGGCCUGGCCCCCGGAGCCGACGCUCAAGCCCAACAAGAUCAUCGCGACUAUAAGUCAUUCUCCACUUGACAAGCUGCCGAGUGCCGAAACUAUAUACACCCAUCGACGUCCCACACCUUGCUACGGGAUAUAUCGACUGUUCUGAGGCUAGACACCCCGCACCACCGGGAAGAUGGAUCGCAUGGGCUUUCAGAUGCCCCCGAUGGGGGCGCCGCCGAUUAUGAACCCUCCACCACAGAUCUUUGGCGGCUACGAUGGGAUGCCGAUGCAGCUCCCGCCCGACAUGACGGCGCAUAUGUUUGCCGACCAUAGUACACUCUUGGAUGAUGCCAACGAGGCCAAGAGGAGGAGGAUCGCGAGGGCUUGCGACAUGUGCAGAAAAAAGAAGAUCAAGUGCGACGGAAAACUCCCAGCAUGCACACACUGCAUCAACUAUAAGACGGAUUGUGUUUUUACACAGGUAGAGAAGAAGAGGAGUCCGCCCAAGGGUGCCAAGUAUAUCGAGGGCCUUGAGAAUCGAUUGGGGCGUAUGGAGAGCCUGCUGAGGCUGUCUGGUUUGCUUGGAGAAGAUGAUGGCGCCACAGAUCUCGGUACCCUUGAGAAGAGGCUGGCGGAGAAGAACCGCGAAUCAAGACAGGCCUCGAUGGCAGCCACUUCGAGCCCAACGUCUCCGUCGCAAACAGCAUCGGGCCAGGAUGGCUCCACGCCUCAGAGCGCUCUGGCAUCCCCGGAGCCUAGGAUGGACAAGGACAAGGACGAGCGAAGACCUUCUCUUACACCGGCCAAAAAGGAAGGAGAAGAACAAGAAGUAGAGACACUGUCAGAAAUGAUGUGUUCAUUAGUUACGAAUAACUCGGGCGAGACCAGAUACAUUGGGUCCUCGUCCGGAUUCUCCAUCUUCUCGCCUCGUGGAAUUCAAUGGGUAAACGAGACGACAGGCGACAACUCUUUCCAACAGAUGAUCUCUGAUGUUUCUAUCGACGACCACAAAUGGACAAACUGGAAGCCCGAGGUUUUCCAGGACUUGUUCCGGCGGCCAGUAUUCAUCCCUAUCCCUCCCAAGCCCGAGGCCAUGUCGCUUCUCAAGGACUAUUUUGAGAAUUUCAACUGCAUGUUCCCGCUCUUUCACCAGCCGACUUUCAUGCACCUGGUGGAGCGACAAUACUCAAACGAUCCUUACGAGGGAUCUGGAUGGUGGGCCAGCUUCAACUGCGCUUUGGCCGUUGCCCACAGACUGCGAGUGAUGAGCAACCUGGUACCGCAGGAGGAGGACGACAAGGCAUGGAAGUACAUCAAGAAUGCCAUGGGCGUCUUUUCUGAGCUCACGAUGCGAAACACUGAUCUUUUGAGCGUUCAGGCGCUCUUGGCUAUGGCCCUCUUCAUGCAGGGCACGCCAAACCCGCAGCCGACAUUCCUGCUUAUCGCUACGGCCAUCCGACUGUCGCACAGCAUCGGACUUCACAAGCGCGCGACGGGCUUCAACAUUAAUCCAAUUGAGCUCGAGCAGCGGAAGCGCGUUUUCUGGAUAGCGUACAUGCUAGACAAGGACCUCUGCUUGAGAUCAGGGCGCCCACCAGCCCAGGACGACAACGACAUGAACGUUGAGCUUCCAGAUGCCGAUCCGGAGGAUAACAUUGGUAAUAUUCCCUUGGCAGACGGCAAAGGUAAAAUGAACCUAUUCCGGGUCAUGUGCGAACUUGCGGUCAUCGAGAGCCGCGUGUACAACCGCUUGUACGCGACAAAGGCAACCAAGCAAACGGACGGCGAGCUUCUCAACACCAUCGGCGAGCUGGACCAGGAGCUUGAAGAUUGGAAGGAUAGGAUACCAAUCGAUUUUAGGCCGGAGCACGAAAUCAAGGCCUCACACACCCCGCUGAUGCUGCACGUCAUUAUUUUGCAUUUUACGUACUACAAUGCCUUGACAACGAUCCAUCGCAUGUCGGUUCAUCACGGCUACUGGAACAGCAGGUUAUCAAACUACGCGAUUCAGGGGCUGAAUGCGAAGCCGCUCAACCCCAGGAUCUUCUCAUCGGCGGCUUUGUGUUCUGCUGCAGCAAGGGCCUCGAUUUCCCUGCUCAAGUACAUCCCGCAAGGUGAUAUGUCGGUCAUCUGGCUCAUCCUUUACUUCCCUGUAUCGGCACACGUCACGUUAUUCGGCAACAUCAUUCAGAAUCCACUAGACCAACGCGCACGGUCUGACGCUCGUCUGAUGAGUGUUGUCGUUCAAUUUCUAUCUACCCUUGGCGCAGAGGCGGAAACAGGUGGUGUGCACCGCAUGUUGGCUGUGUGCAACGAAUUUGAGCGCAUCGCCAAACUGGUUAUCGACAAGGCGGAGAAAGAAAACGCCGGGCGCCGCAAGCGAAAGAACAACGAAGUCACGGCCAAUAACAGUAACAAAUCAAGCAGCGGUAACAGGGAACAGCAGUCGACGCCACGGCCGCAGAGCAGCUCGGCGCACACUCCUCGCGCACAGCAUGUCGUAUACACACCUAACGGCAGCCAGAUGUCGCCCGCGCCGACGCAUAGCAACCACAGUACGCCGUACCACGGCGGUCGGAUGAGCAACCAGUCCAGCCCGGCCAUGACGCCAAACCAUUGGCCGCCACCGGGUGACUACGUACCCGGCAGUGCAGGCAUGGAAGGCAUGGAGUAUGGUGGGAACGUCAACUUUGCCGAGAUGACUGGCUUUACGGCCGACAUCAGGCAAAGUGUUCCGCCGGCGACGGCUUACUUCACCCAGCCGCACCUGCCGCCCGACCUGUACUCGCUGCCAGUGAGUCUGGACUGGGACUGGGCCGAGAUGAGCGGAGGCGCUUAUCCCAGUGUGGAAAACGGUGCCGUCGGGGCUAUGGGGCUUGGGCAAGGAGCACCGCCGCAUGGAACGCAGCAUUGAGUAAGCAACAUGGCUUUAUGACACACCGAGAGGUUUUAUAUGAUUGAUAAUGUGUUUAUUUUGUCUUUGACUUCAUGAUUCGUCUUCGUUCUAUUUUUAUUCUUGUUUCACGAUGAGUUAUAUCCCAAUUAGGCUGGCAUAACAUGAGGUGUUUUUCAUUUUUUUUUUAUUCUAUACAGAGUGCGUCAUAUUCCCUCGCUUUUCCACUCGUUGAACAUACCGUUUCUCGUGUUAUUGUGUGACUAGUUGGGUUUUGUCUAUUUUCUACAUCUUCAUUAUCCGGAAUGAAAGACACAGCAUACGGUCUCACCUCGCUAAAUCCCGCUUUCACCGCCCGGUCUGUACCAAAUCUAUUAUAACAGACUUCUGUCAUUGAAAAAAUUCGUCUUUGUACUUUUUCGUCAGGUAAAUCUAUAAUAUUUUCAUAUCAGAAUAAUGUUCAGAUGUCAAAAUACCAGCAGAAUACAGGAUGGAUGAUAGUUCCUAUAGCAAAAAUGUGUAUAAUAAAGCCUCACAAAAGCUUGGCUUGAUCUGUUCUGAUCUUUGACGACUUAAUCUACAUGGCUG